AUGUUUAGCCAGCACGAUUUUGGUAGCAGCCACACCAAAAAUCGGCUGGAGAGUUACGUGACUGCUGAAACAACUGCGGCAGCGGUUCUAAAGGCCCCGACAGCUGCCGACUUGCGCCCUCUUAAACUCCUUGUCCGCGACCUGCAUCUGGCCCAGCUCGAGCGCUGGACGCGAAGGGGCGUCUGCGGCGAGACACGGCGGCGUGCCGAGGCGUUGUACCGUGAGAUAAGAGAGACGGAGACGAGGCCGGGGACCAUGCGGGUGGUCGUCGUCCGUUUUCCGAGCUUCCCCUCCACGAACUCCAAGAACUACCACCAACAAUACAACUUUUCGGGGGCCUUUAAUAUGGCACAUGUUGUACGCGCAGCGCUGAGACGACCCUUGGUUGCGUACCUUAAAGCCUCCUCUGUACCUCGGUCGUCCUCGUCUUGA